ACUCUAGUACCUCACUAAAGUAGCCUACAGGUUUGUGGCACUUCAACUUUACAUAUGAUCGACUGAGAUAUGACCAAAACUACAUGUAAUUGUUAAUUUUCAAUGUUAACAUGUUCAUGCAUCAGUAACAAGAGCCCAACAAUGUAAUAAUUAUGAUAAUAUUCCUUUGCAAACUAUACUGAGAAUACUGUUUUUUUCUUAUUUGUUUGUGGAUUAUUGUUGUUUAUAAUGGGGCAGGUUUAAAUAUCACCCAAAAAGCUAUUACAGUAUAUUACACUGGCAUUAUGAGUUUGUAUAAAGUAAAUAACACUGAAGGGACUACUACAAAGACACACAUUGACACUAAACUAAAUAACUGAUAUUACCAAGGAACCAACGGUGGUGGAGUUAACGUUUCGGGGAACUGUUUUAGCGAUGCAACAACGGCACUUCCGGUCCACAUGUAAACGCUACAGCGUGAUUUAAACGUACAUUACAGACUAUCUGUGUACACUUACCAGAAAACUAUCGUCAAACCAGCGACUGUUUGUAAAGAUGAAGCUGCUCACGCACAACAUGUUGACAUCUCACGUGAAGGGAGUCACUAAAGGAUACCCGCUGCUCAUCAAGGCGACCGAGGUGAAGGUGAACGAGGUGGACUUCAACGCUCAGUUUGUCAGCCGGAUGAUCCCCAAACUGGAGUGGAGUGCUCUGGUCCAGGCUGCAGAGGAGUUGGGUCACCGGCAGGACCUGCCGGGUGAGCUGGUGCCAGAAUACGAGAACAACGAAGAAUUCCUGAAGAAAGUGCACAGAGUGCUUUUAGAGGUGGAGGUGAUAGAGGGCUCUCUGCAGUGCCCUGAAUCCGGAAGAGAGUUCCCCAUCUCCAGAGGAAUCCCCAACAUGUUGCUGAGCGAGGACGAGGUGUAGAUGGCAGCUUCGCCAAGUCAACGGUUCUCACACGCAACCUCACCCCAAGCUGUCACUCGGCUGGGAUUGUGGGUAUUCAGAGAGAGGAGAGAGGUUGGACUUAAGUUGGUGCCAUGAGAACCACACUGUUUAGUUGAUUGUUGUUAUGACAUUUAAGUGGCUGAUGCUGCCAAUAGAGGAAACAGUUUUGAAGAAGAACGGAUGGAAAUGUUCCCAGAGUAACCCCCAGUGGUUUUAUCUGUAUUUAUUUUUGUUACUGUUUGGGGUUCUCUCUUUUUUUUUUUUUUUUUUUUUUUCCAAUAAAACUGUCCUGAUUUCCACGACAGCCAAAAUUGUUUCAGGUUUUUGUGGAAAAUAUGGAUUUGCUUCUAUUACAGACGUACUAAAAUAUAAAAGCCCAGAGGCUCCAUGAGUGAGAGGCCGGCUCUGAGCCUCAUCUCGCCCUCUGUCCGGGUUUAAAGUGCUGAGGGCCAGAUGACGUGGCAGUGGCUCGUCUAUAUUUGGCUUUGAGGAAAAGAAGCAGAAAAAGCAGGCCGGCUGGAAGUUGUUUUUGAGGAAGUCAGUCUUUUUUUUUUCUUUCAUGCCACACUUAACAGCGUGCACACACACACACACACACACACAUACAAACAACCCACCUGGGCGGGCUGCUGUGAUCUGAGAUUCCCUCCCUUGUGUCUGAUCUUUUAAAGACUGCUGAAGGGAAGAGUCCACCUAGACAAAUUAAAUGUCUUUCCACUCAUUUCAGGCUACGAUGGUGCAGCAGCAAGUUGUAGCAAGAGCCUGUUUGUUCGCAGGCGGCGUUAUCAUUUUUAGAAACCUUGCCAGGGCAGACGAUGAAGGGGGGAGUUCGCCCUGACCAGAAAGCCUCGAGGCAGCCUGAGUCUCUCCUACCUUUUCCCUUCUACUUAGAGCAAUUACAGGCCUGCACCCGCAACUAUAAUAAUGGUAUAAUGGGAUGGCAGCAGAGCAGCAAUAAAAACCAGCCCUGACAGAUUUAACAGUCCUCAAAGUGCUGAGCUGUAAUUAACAAUGAGACUGAAAGAGGAACAGAGAGAAAAGAAAGGGCCUCGAUUGAAAGCUAGGAAAGAUAAAGAUAAAACGGUGUUGUGGAGGGAUUUUAAUACAAUUACAACAAGCCUUAAACUAGGAUGAGCCUAAGAUCUUAACUAAAGCUGGAUUUUGAAAUCACUGGCAUGAACUAAUAGAUUAUCAUCGUCUUCUAUUACAUCAUUUUGAUGUUUAAAGGUUUAUUUUGGCAUUUUCUGUGCGGUAAACGUUAAGCUACUGCUGAUAGUCUGUCAGCUUAGUUUAGCAAAAUGACUGGAAUAAACUGGCUUUGUCCAAAGGUAUCAAAACCCACCGACUAGAAACUCUAAAGCUCACUAAUUACCAUGUGAUGUAUCAUUUGUUUAAUUUGCAUUAAAAACGGACAUAAAUCCCUUUAAACAGUAAAUUGUUUUGUUUUUCAAUGUAUUUAACAAAAGAGAUAUCCCGUGUUAUUUGAGCUUUUAAAGUGCUAGUUUGCAGAUUUUGCUUUAACUUAUGAAAUAAAUGUUCAUUGCACAAUGUAAUGACUAUAGCUUGUUGACACUAUUACCGUUUACGUUGGUUCCCCAUCUUCAUUAUGCAGUUCAGUCUGCCACCGGGUACGAUCUGUGGUGAAAAUGAAGGCAUGAUUUACGCCACAAAGGAAGCGCAUCAACCAUUGCAGAACCAAAAUAGGAAGGGGACAGCAGCUAGCAGUUAUUAAAGAAUAUCAAUUGGAGGACUUGGCUCUGUAACUGGACGGUUACCAUUCAAGGAGUAGCAGGAGAGGUGCCAGUGAUUAAGGCACCAAACACCCAAACUGUUAUGGUUCCUUCCUGUGAGGCAUCUCUUCAUACCUAACAGGUCCUACUUGUGUAUUUGGGUGGAAAAUGAAGUAUACAAUAUAAUUAUUAUGGAAGUUUUGCUGUUACUAUCUCCAGUAGUGGAAAUGUCAAACGGUGGAACAGCCGAGGAAACUGGAAAACAAAAAUGCAGUCCGUGCGUUCCAAUACUCUAGCAUACUAUUCAGUAUGCCAGAAACGAAUCAAUAUGUCACAAUACUCAAUAUGUCAAAUGCAGUUGGCCAAAAAUACCAGGAUGUUCUACUGCAUCCAGUCUUAUUUUGCAGCAUGCAAGCCAGCAUCCUUCUCUGGUUGUUCUGACCCACAAUCCUCUGCGCAGCAGAUACAUGAGCAAGAGGGUCAAAGUUCAAGGUGAAGUCGUAUUUCCCAAUUGAAAGCAUACUGCAUGCAACAGUAUGUGCUUUGUGAGGGCAGCUUCAGUACGUACUAAAAGUAAAAAGAAAAUGAUUUUGAUUUGUAACAGUCGGUGUGUCCUGUUGUUGGUAGUUGCUAGGCUGUGAGGAAAACAAAGUGAUCCGGUCGUCUUCACAAUGACACCACUUGGAAACAGCUGAGCUAACCAACUGCUGGCCCAGAAGCUAUAUUAAGUUAGCAAUCUUCUCAUCUAAGAAGAUGCAUCGUUCCCAAAAUGCUUUAACUAUUCCUUUUGAGCCUGGCGUGUCCUCGGGGGAUGUUUACCUGCGGAGAGAGAGCGGUGCAUUUUUGUGGAGAGAAGAACUUGCAAAAUGUGUGUGAGAGAGGAAGAUGGCUCUUGCCUACAUAAUCACACACUCCCUUCACUUUGGUGGCAACCCGCCCCACCACCACCACCACCACCACCACCACCUCUCCUACAUCCAG